GUUUUUUUUUAAUGGUGUUAUGUCAGCUGAUCGUAAUAAAAGUAAAUAUGGCUUCGGCAUCAGAAAACGUUUCAAGCAAUCGAUGCAAAAUUUUAAUAAUUGGUGCUGGAAUGGCCGGCCUCUCAGCGGCCAGUCACCUAGUUAAAAAUGGUGUUACAGAUUUUAAAAUACUAGAAGCAAAGAAUAGGAUCGGGGGAAGAAUAGUGUCCAUAAAUACAGGUAACCAUAAAGUUGAACUGGGAGCAAAUUGGAUUCAUGGUGUUCUGGGAAAUCCCAUGUAUGAAAUAGCGAUGGCAAAUGGUUUAAUUGAUAUAGUACAUGUUCCCAAACCACAUAAAGUAGUAGCUGCUACAGAAGAUGGAAAACAAAUACCAUUUCAAGUUUUGCAGGAGAUAUAUGAGGCAUAUGUUUGCUUUCUUCGGCGUUGUGAAGAAUACUUCUUGUGCCAUUACCAACCCCCAACUGGAAUUAACAGUGUUGGUGAGCACAUAUCUCUUGAAACUGCGUUGUAUCUUGAGGGAUCGUCCAAUGAUGAGGAACGAAAUUUACGACAGCUCAUAUUCGAUUGUUUAUUGAAACGUGAAACAUGCAUCACAGGCUGCCAUAGUAUGAAUGAGAUAGACUUAUUGGAACUGGGAAGUUAUACAGAACUCCAAGGUGGUAAUAUUGUCCUUCCAUCUGGGUACAGCAGUAUCCUUGAACCUGUAUCUAGACAAAUCCCACAGGGAAACAUCUGUAAGAGACGAGUCGUCACAACAAUACAGUGGCAUUACGCAGGUGAAUACAGGUCAGCCGACAUCACAAGUCCUGGUGGGGACUCUGGAAUUGACAUCCUUGCCAAUGGUGACCCUGGGAAUGACUCUGAUGAUUCAGACAGAACAGUAACCGGUGAGCAACCAAGGAGACCAUCAGAAGCAUCUAGUCGUGGUGGUAGUAGUGAAAAAGAAUUUCAGUCUGCUGUUUCAGAAGAUGAGAAGAACUCAUGUUUGAAUUUAAAUCAAUGUGAAGAAAGUUGUGGAGAAAUGUUAAAUGUGAACAGUGAAAAUAAAGGAAUAAACACGAGUGAAGGUUGUGAAGGUUCAUCAGCAUCUUUCUGUCAGAGGCAUCAAAAUGGUAGUAGUGGAUCAUCGAAGUCUAAGUCCGUUGAACUCGUGCCAAAUGUGGAAGUUAUUUGUGAAGAUGGUUCUCGUUACUAUGCAGAUUACGUGAUCUGCACCUUUCCCCUCGGAGUAUUGAAGGAGAAAGCUUCAUCUCUCUUUUCACCUUCCUUGCCUCAGUACAAACUUGACUCCAUUAACAGGCUUCUCUUUGGCACAGUAGACAAAAUCUUGUUGGAAUAUGAUAGACCAUUUCUGAAUCCAGAUAUCUCAGAAGUGAUGUUACUCUGGGAAGCAGAUGUAGAGGCUGCUACAGGUGACCUGAGUGAAACUUGGUACCGCAAAAUCUACUCCUUCUCCAAAGUGUCUGAGACGCUGCUUCUUGGCUGGAUCUCAGGUCAGGAAGCUGAAUACAUGGAGACAUUGUCCCAUGACCAAGUGGCUGACACAUGCACAACCAUCCUCAGGAAGUUCCUUAGUGAUCCCUUCGUGCCAAAACCAAAACUUUGCAUUUGUACAAGUUGGCAUACACAGCCAUACACAAGAGGUUCAUAUACUGCCAUGGCUGUUGGCGCCAGUCAGCUUGAUAUUGAGAACUUGGCACAACCCCUGUACUCCAGUCCACAGCAGAAGAAGCCGGUUUUGCUGUUCGCUGGUGAACACACGCACAGCAGCUUCUACUCCACAGUACAUGGAGCAUAUCUCACUGGUCGCAGUGCAGCGCAAUUGCUUCUCGGCUCUGACUCACCACAGGAACGUGUGCUGGAGUGUGAGGGUACCAGUGACCUGAGUUCGUGGAUUCAGGGCAUUUCACUGGAUUAAACAUCUGGACAUGAAAUGAGAUGUGCCAUAAUUGGCUACUUCAUCUUAUGAGGUGGUGUAAUGUGAGAAUAUCAGUGAUUAAGUCUCCGUGGUUUUAUACAGUUCAUCUGACUGUCUUACUCAACUAGAGUCAAGUAUUUUUAUUACUAGAGGCCACAUAUCAACUUGAUACACAUAUAUUUUCUUCUUUUUCCGGUUUAACAAUGUUUGUACACUUUCCGGUACGCUUUACGGGUCCCCAGCUUUUUAGUUGGCUUGAUCUAUGGACAUUCGGUACGACUCCUUGGACGAGUGA